AUGCCAACUCUAGAAAACCCCGUUCAGACGAAGCGAAGCUUCAAAACAAAAGAGUACCAAAAGAUGAUCCAAGGAGAAUUAUAUUAUGCUCCUGAUGCAGAACUCGAUGAAGCAAGAGAAUUUGCCAAAGCGGUCGCACGUCAAUACAACGACACCCUUGGAAAUCCAAAAAAGCUUAGUAAUGACGAGUUGAAAAAAUAUAGAGCAGCCAUCUUAUCCCAAGUGAUGUCGUUUGAAGAUGACGGUUCUUCUGUGUAUAUGGAACCUCCUAUAAAUCUCGAUUACGGUCUCCAUAUUCACAUUGGGAAAAAUUUUUAUGCCAACAACAAUUGUAAUUAUCUCGAUGUUGCUCCCAUUACCAUUGGAGACAAUGUUUUAUUUGGUCCUGGUGUACAAUUAUGCACAGCUACUCAUCCGUUGGACAUCGCAACCCGAAACAGUGCACAGGAACUUGCGAAACCUAUCAAGGUCGGUAAUAACGUUUGGAUAGGUCUGAGUGCCGUUAUUUUACCAGGCGUCACGCUUGGCGAUGGCUGUGUUAUCGGCGCAGGCUCCGUCGUUACGAAGGAUAUUCCUCCCAAUACAGUAGCAGUUGGUUCGCCUGCUCGUGUCGUCAAGGAAAUUGACCAAAAAUGA